AAUAUGCUAUUGAACAGAAAAAAAACAGAACAAUAAAAAGUCUAAUUAUAACAAAGAUAGCCGGUGGCUGUGUAUGUAGCCUUGAAAAGGGGGCUAGGUUUUCUCAGAGACCGGUUUUCUAGCAGAGUUAAAAACAAUUAAACAGUCAGAACGUUAGUUUCAAACGCGUCAUUGUCAAGUAGAAUACGUUUGCUUCGCUGCGCUCAUAUCCGACACGAGAGCCAUACUGCGCGCGAAUCAGUGUUUGCCGUUAAACUAGUUUGUUUUCCUUAGAUCUUUGUUGACAAACCGUUAGAUAAUUGUUUAAAUUAGGGAAGCUCAACCCCAGAUUACGCGCCAUUUUACUUCUGUCAAUCAGUUAUGCGUCAAUUUUUGCUGCUUCCACGAAGCUGUCACAACAAAGUCCUAAAUUUUAACUUUUUAUGCUAAAAAACCUGUGUUGGAUGGAACACCACUUCUUUAUUUAGCUUUUAUUCAACAAAAUCUGAAAUCAGCAUUAUCAUGUAACAAAUAUAUAACAUUCAUUCCCGGCAAAGAAAAGUCCUGCAUUCAAUUUCAUCAUCUUCGGGUUUCUCAUUGAUCUCUGAACUCUCAGCAGUGGAGCCAUAAAAUUGGGUUCGUUUUUAUUUCAAGAACUCGUUCUUCGGUCAACUUGCUCACUGGAGAAGCGCGCGUCGAGUGUGAUUGUUUCAUCAAAUUCCGCGGUCGUUUUUUUGUUACUGGAUCGAAGUUCGAAGAGGCGCUCCGCAAGGUCUUGGGCGGCAGUCUUUCAAUACGCCUUGGAGGAAAAAGGGUGCUGACCUUUGCAGUAUUUGUGUGGUCAUUGGCAACCUUCCUUACUCCUUUCUUUGCACAUUUUGACGUCGUCAUGAUUAUCACCCGGGUGGGGUUAGGACUGGCCGAAGGUCUGGCUCUUCCGGCAAUCUUCCAGAUCUUUUCGGAGAAUGUACACAAAGAGGAACGAGCCAAAGCCUUCUCAUAUUUGGUCUCAGGGGGCUCUGUGGGUCAAGUGGUCGCAUCUGUGGUGUGUCCCCAAAUGGUAUGGCAGGCCAGUUUUAUCUCAUUCGGGGGACUGGGGUUCCUGUGGGGUCUCCUAUGGCUUCUCUUCAUCAGUAGAUGCAACAGCGCAACACACAAACUACCCGAAUACUCUUAUGUUGCUCCAAAGGUCUUGGGCGGCAGUCUUUCAAUACGCCUUGGAGGAAAAAGGGUGCUGACCUUUGCAGUAUUUGUGUGGUCAUUGGCAACCUUCCUUACUCCUUUCUUUGCACAUUUUGACGUCGUCAUGAUUAUCACCCGGGUGGGGUUAGGACUGGCCGAAGGUCUGGCUCUUCCGGCAAUCUUCCAGAUCUUUUCGGAGAAUGUACACAAAGAGGAACGAGCCAAAGCCUUCUCAUAUUUGGUCUCAGGGGGCUCUGUGGGUCAAGUGGUCGCAUCUGUGGUGUGUCCCCAAAUGGUAUGGCAGGCCAGUUUUAUCUCAUUCGGGGGACUGGGGUUCCUGUGGGGUCUCCUAUGGCUUCUCUUCAUCAGUAGAUGCAACAGCGCAACACACAAACUACCCGAAUACUCUUAUGUUGCUCCAAAGUCCUCGGUGCAUUGGAGUGAGUUCGUGAAUCACUCUUCCCUCUUGGCAAUCUACUUCGCCCACCUGUGCAUGAACUGCUCAAAUUACACUGUGAUGUCGUGGCUGCCCACCUACCUCGACAGAGUGUUCAAGGCCAAACCGGACGAGAUGUCUCUCACUGCAUUCCCAUACGCUGCCAACUCAAUACUCGGAGUCGUGGCCGGCCAUUAUGCAGACUAUUUAAUUGUGAAGCGCAGUUGGACCACUCUUUCUGUGAGGAGGGCCAUGACAACAGUGGGACUAGUGGGACCCGCUCUCUUCACCCUCCUCUUCAGUCUGUCAGACAACGUCGCCCUAGCUCUGCUUUUCAUAUCAGUGUCGAUGGGACUGUGUGCGUGCAAUUCUUCUGGCCAUCUGAGCAACCACGUUGAAGUAGCGCCAACCCAGGCGUCGCUGACUUUUGCAGUUUCAAACACACUUGCCUCGAUUCCGGGAAUUACAGCUGGUCCAGUGACAGCCACAAUAGUAGAGUACACUGGCCAAUGGAAGACAGUGUUUCUCAUAACAUCUCUCAUAAAUUUAGCUGGCGCUUCUGUCUACAUGUCAUACAGUGCUACAAGCCAAGUUAUUUGAGGGAGAUCUCUAGAAUUUGAACUCAAUUGAAAAGUGUCUUAAAAACACUUAACAUUUCUAUUUCUUCUAAGCCAAAUUUGAAAUUACGAUGUUUUCCGUAACAGAAUUAGUUGAAGUUUGUUCAA